UGGACACAAGAGGGCGCCGUGCAUUUAGCGAAGAUGGCGGCGUGCGUGCGAGGAAUCUUGCCCGAAGAUGUUGCUGAAAUGGUCUCUGCUUGCCGGGUUUUAGUGGUGGGAGCAGGCGGUAUUGGGUGCGAACUCCUGAAGAACCUUGUCCUGACAGGAUUCCAGGAUAUUGUUGUGAUUGAUCUGGAUACAAUUGAUGUGAGCAACUUGAAUAGACAGUUCCUCUUCCACAAGAAACAUGUCGGCAAAUCAAAGGCAGAGGUCGCGAAGGAAAGUGCCCUGAGGUUCAACCCAAACGCCAAGAUAGAUGCCAGGCAUGACAGCAUUACCACUCCAGAGUACAACCGUGAGUUCUUCAUGCAGUUUACGCUGGUAAUGAAUGCUUUAGACAACAGGGCGGCCCGCAACCAUGUCAACAGAAUGUGCUUAGCUGCCGAUGUGCCGCUGAUUGAGAGUGGGUCUGGUGGCUACCUGGGCCAAGUGGCUGUCAUAAAGAAGGGAUUUACGGAAUGCUACGAGUGUCUACCCCAGCAAGCACAGAAGUCUUUCCCUGGCUGUACGAUACGCAACACGCCCUCCGAGCCGAUCCAUUGCAUCGUCUGGGCCAAACAUUUAUUCAACCAGUUGUUUGGCGAGGAGGAUCCAGACCAAGACGUCUCACCAGACACAGCAGACCCCGAAGCAGCCGGAGACGCAGGUCAAGACAGCAUGAACUCUGACCCACCCAAGGAUGGUGGAGUAGGCGGGGUCGAGAGAACCUCCACAAGGGCGUGGGCCGAAUCUACAGAGUACAACGCCCAGAAGUUAUUUAAAAAGCUUUUCCACGAUGAUGUAAAGUACCUACUUUCCAUGGACAAACUAUGGCAGAAACGUCGGCCGCCAGUCCCCCUAGACUGGGAAGAUUUACCUCAGGAACAAGAUUUAGAACAGAAUGAGAACCAAGAAAGCACCUUGCUUCAUGACCAAAGGAAGUUGAGCAUCAGAGAUUGUGUCAGCAUGUUCAAAGACUCGCUGGACUCUCUCAAACAGCUGUACAAGGAGAGAGGCGAACUGGUCUGGGACAAGGAUGAGGAGCCAGCAAUGGAUUUUGUCACCUGCGCCUCCAACAUCAGGGCCUACAUUUUUGGAAUCGCAAGAAAUACAAGGUUUACUAUAAAAUCUAUGGCAGGGAACAUCAUUCCAGCAAUAGCGACCACCAAUGCCAUUGUAGCUGGUCUUAUCGUUAUGGAAGCACUCAAGGUGCUACGCGGACGUCUGGACCAGUGCAAAAUGAUUUUCUUGAAGAGGACAGCAAAUGAAAGAAACAAACUCUUCCUGACAUGUCCGUUAGAUAAGCCGAAUCCAAAGUGUUACGUCUGCGCACCCAAACCAGAGGCCUCAGUCAAGUUAAACUUGAGUACAAUGACAGUGAAAGGACUAGAAGAAAAGAUCUUCAAGCAGGAGUUUGGGAUGAUAGCGCCAGAUGUGGAGAUAGAUGAUGGAAGGGGGUUGAUUCUCAUCUCUAGUGAAGAAGGAGAAACGGAAGAUAACAACUUCAAGGUACUUGGCCAGUUCAUGAGAAGCGGGGUGCAACUCAAGGCAGACGACUUCCUCCAGAACUACCAGCUGACGCUGAAUGUUACUCACUGUGACAAACUUGAAGAUGAGAAGGAAUUUGAGGUCAUGGAUAGAUCAGCAGCUUCAGAACCUCAACCAUUGCAAUCUACAGAAGACCAACUACCAUCGGGAACCAGUGAUGAGGCUCAACCGGGUACCAGCACGAAUGGUACCCGGACUCCUAGUACAACUAGCAACACCAACGAUGGUCAGGCUGGCCCUGCACCAGGAGACGACGAUGAUGAUGACCUUGUCAUGCUUGAUGAAGAAGAAGAAGAAAUGGACCAAGCCUCUGCCAUCCAGAAAACGAUGCCGGUCAGCAAGAAACGCAGACUCUCAUCAGGUGAAGGAGGCGCAGGGGUCAUGACCUCUCCAACGCCGGCUAAAAAAGCCAAGAUGGUGCCGUCAGUGAAUGAACAGGAGGACGAUGAGGAUUAUCUAAUUGUCCUUGAUGAUUGAGACUGCAAGAAAGACAGAGAGAACAAGGGAGUGUUCUGAGACUAUACACACUGUUCAGGAAUUCUAGAUGGCACUGAUAAGACUACUCACGAGAAGCAGUGAAGGACAAAUCUCAUCCGCACAGUUAUGUUGGUGUGCAUAUUAUGGCACAGAGUUCACCAGACUAAUUUUCAAUUUAGGGCCGGUGUAGCGUGAACUUUGGACUCUAUGAAAUAGGGACUCCUUGGUUGUAUUGUGCAUGCCUAAGAUAUUUGGGCCAGUAACAGGUCACGUGUGAGGGUUAGAAUCCAUAAGAGACCAGAUUUCAUAGGAGUCCGAAUUUCAUAUGACACUGGUUAAUACACGGCACAAAUGCAAAUGCCUCAACAAAUUUGCGACAUCGCGGCAAGUGUUCGUGCUGCGAAUUUGAACAAGUUGAACACAUUUGAACAUUGGAAGAUAUGUCCUUGAAUGUCAUAUUUUGUCAAAUCUGCUUCACAUUUGUGUACAUGUAAAGAAUGAACUUGCCUUUGAGCCAUCUUUCUUUCUGAGCAAAUGUCUGUUGAUAAUUAUUUCUUCAGCAAAUUUUUCAACUUAUGCAUAUCCCAUGCUCUUCAAAAUAUUGACUGAUUUUUUUCUCUUCACGAAUAUUCAAUUUGUAUUUUUGUUAUAACAAAAAAAUUACUUUGUUCCAAUUGUGAGCAUCUGCAACCCUCUGAAAAAGGAAUUUCAUAUUUUGUGCACAGUUGAGCCCGCACUGCGAGAGCUGAAUUAUUGUCUGGCAGCCAAUAGUGAGAUUUUUGUGGGGAAAUAAUUAAAUAACUAAACGUCAGUGGAUUUUUUGGUUCAAUGUCUCAUUCAAAAGUGAAUAACUUCUGUAUUUCUAGGCAACUAGCAAUUGAAAAAGCAAAUCUAUUUUCGAGGUGAAACUUGAAACUUGGGAACAAGGGGAACACAAUUAAAAAAUAGUCCAACUGCAAGUCCCAUGCAGGAUAGGUCAUUUCUGUUUUAUACAUGUAGUUGGCGCCAUGUUGAGAGGAGAUGUUUUGAUGUGCAAAUUUACUCAAUUUUACUAACUGAAUUACAAAGCUCAGACAUGUGAUGAAUGCAGGAAAUUCAAAAUACGUGUUGCCAGUCCAAUUGGCAUUGCUUAUGACUCCUUUCACCUCAUUUUAGGUCAGCACAUAAAUGGUCAUUGCAUUCUGCAAUAAAUUCUGCAUUGUUGGACCAAGGGUUCGGAACAAAUUUUUCAGUGAGCACUUUAAUACGUGACAGGGUUUAAGUGUACUGUUUUGUAAAAAAGAAAAGAAUAAAAGCUAAUAAAAAAUGUGGUGAUCAUCUGUCAUGCACGACGGUCUGAAUUUGUUGGUAAUAAUUCUUUGAAUGAGCUGUAUGGAGAUGAUGGCCCUCCUAUGUUGAAAAGCUGAGAAUUCCCUUCAGUAUGUCGGUGCUUGGUGUCACUUUGCACCAUGCAUCUACACUAGAGAUACAUUAUCUAUCAUCUCUAUGAGCUGGCAAUGAUCCAUUUCCUUUAUGAACAUAGAAAAUGGUUCAUAUUCGUCCACAGUGGUUAUGCUUGCAACUUUAGCUCAACCUGAGUCACUUCAAAAUAUGGAACACGUCUGAAACCGCUGGUCUGUAGUAAUGACUCGCCCCAGAGAUCACUCAAGCACUUUUUAAUGUCAAACUGUACAUCGUUUGUUGCCACUCUGUAUUUAUUGCUCGAUGAAAUAAUGUUAUUUUGGAGCUUAUAGGUUGUAACUAAAUUAUGCUAGCCGUUGUUGCAUUUUUAAUCAUUUUGUAUUUUUAAUGAUGCUGUAUAACUGGCACUGCCUGGAAACUUAAAAUUUUCAAUCUUCCGAAGUAAAUUCCUAUGUAAUGAAAGAUACAGCACAAGAAAUAUUGGGGAGACUGUACCUAGUUUUAUUUAUGGCCACAACAACCUGAACCUCGAGAAGAUUUGGAUGGAUUUCUUGUAAAAAGACCCAUAUUUGUUGUAAUGAGUGUCUUUGUUAGAUAUUGGGCUGUGACAAUGUUAUAUGAGUUUAUGUUUUCAUUGUGAUGUUUGGAGGUUAUAAACUGAGACAUUUUUCUUCUCACUGAAUAUUUCUGGGGUAGCUUUUGGUUUUGUAUUAAAUACAAUCGGGAAAAAAGUAA